CGGGUUUCUAAUUGAUGUGUUGUGAAAGUUUCAGAUUUCACGUGGUAUUGUGCAUCUGAGAAAUUAUAUUCGAUUCCACUUGAAAGAUGUAUACAAUUGUAAUGCAAAGCAGAAGCGGCGAUAGAUUGAAUGAAUGUGACAAAUAUGGCGACUCCCAGAGAAGCGUGAAAAUCGCAAUCCACAAACGGGUCUAAUUGCAAAUGCUUUUCGUGUAUUAUUAGUGGUACACUUGAUCCACAUAUUUAGUAAUAUGACUGUAGUGGGAUAUGGCUAGUACACCUGCUUGUUGAAGCAGUAGGUUAAAGCUUAAUUUAACACACGUAUGUCUUUCAUUUGUCUUCUCUUCCGCCAUUUUUCAGGCUGGCGGAGGUUUGUUUGGUUGUUAUACAAGAUGGCGGCUCCCAUAGUGGCACUUUAGGGUUGCUUCAAAGCUUUAACUGCAAGAUGCAAACGCAUAAAACAAUUCUAAGGACGCGCAAUAUAACUUCUAUGCUUUGAGUUGUGAUGUCGAAUACAUUUUAUCUUUAGAAGGACAUGACUGGUUCAGCUCUACAGCCACGAUGGAAGCGGGUACUGGGAUGGUCUGGCCCUGUCCCUCGGCCCAGACAUGGUCACAGAGCCGUUGCUAUAAAGGAAUUGAUGGUUGUUUUUGGAGGAGGAAAUGAAGGAAUUGUGGAUGAGUUGCAUGUCUACAACACAGCAACAAACCAAUGGUUUAUCCCUGCGGUUCGUGGUGAUAUUCCCCCUGGAUGUGCUGCAUAUGGUUUUGUUUGUGAUGGCACCCGGCUUCUGGUGUUUGGUGGAAUGGUGGAAUAUGGAAAAUACAGCAAUGAUCUCUAUGAGCUACAGGCCAGCAGAUGGGAAUGGAAAAAGUUGAAAGCUAAGACUCCCAAAAAUGGCCCACCUCCCUGUCCUCGACUUGGCCACAGUUUCUCGCUGGUGGGUAACAAGUGCUACUUGUUUGGAGGACUGGCUAAUGACAGCGAGGACCCCAAAAACAACAUCCCCAGAUACCUGAAUGAUCUGUACACCCUGGAGCUUCGUGCUGGCUCCAGUGUUGUGGGCUGGGAUAUACCAAUUACUUAUGGUGUUUUGCCACCUCCUCGCGAGAGCCACACUGCCGUAGUGUACACAGAAAAGGACAGCAAGAAAUCUCGCCUGAUCAUCUAUGGAGGGAUGAGUGGCUGUCGUCUGGGAGAUCUAUGGACACUUGACAUCGACACCCUGACCUGGACUAAGCCAUCAGUGAAUGGCACAGCACCUCUGCCCAGGAGUCUUCACUCUGCCACCACCAUCACAAACAAGAUGUUUGUGUUUGGGGGGUGGGUUCCCCUGGUUAUGGAUGAUGUGAAGGUGGCCACACAUGAGAAGGAAUGGAAGUGCACAAACACACUGGCCUGCCUAAAUCUUGACUCCAUGGCCUGGGAAUCAGUGGUGAUGGAUACUCUGGAGGACAAUAUCCCAAGGGCCCGGGCAGGACAUUGCUCGGUGGCCAUCAACUCUAGGUUGUAUGUCUGGAGUGGCCGUGACGGUUACCGUAAAGCAUGGAACAACCAAGUCUGCUGUAAAGACCUCUGGUACCUUGAAACAGAGAGGCCACACGCUCCCUCGAGAGUGCAGCUAGUCCGUGCCAACACCAACUCCCUGGAGGUAAGCUGGGGCGCUGUGUCCACUGCAGACACCUAUCUGCUGCAGCUACAAAAGUACGACAUUCCUGCUGCCACUGCUGUGACCUCGCCGGCCCUCAAUGCCGCCACCUCUCUGCAAGGGAACUUGCCUAAGGGCCCAGCCACAGCUGCUCCCUCUGCUCAGAACCUACCACACACAGGUAUCACUAUUGUGCCCCAGGCUUCUUCCCCUACAAUCCUUCCCAACAUUCCCAGAAGCCCGCUGGCUGCCUCCACAGCUCAUGGGCCAGCUAUCUUGAAGGUUGCAGCGCCUCCGUCUGGCACGGGUACCUCCCUUGUCACUGUGCGACCCAACCAGGCUGGGAAAUCCCCUGUCACACUUCUUCCAGGAGUUCGCAUGGUUGUUCCUGCCCAGACCACCCAAGGAACACCAGUCGGCAGCAGCCCUCAGAUGAGUGGCAUGGCAGCUUUGGCUGCAGCUGCAGCAGCCACACAGAAGAUCCCACCCUCUUCAAGCACUGUACUCAACAUUCCAGCAGGUGCUACCCUUGUCAAAACCAUGGCUGGCUCCACCACAGUCAAAAUGGCAUCUCCUCUCAUGGUUAGUAACCCAGCCACUCGCAUGCUGAAGACAGCUGCAGCUCAGGUGGGCACAGCGACCGUAUCGUCACCCAACACGCCCAACAGACCUAUCAUCACUGUGCACAAGUCGGGCACGGUUACCGUAGCCCAGCAACACCAGGUGGUUACCACCAUGGUGGGAGGAGUCACCAAGACCAUCACCCUGGUCAAGAGCCCCCUCACAAUGGGAGGCAGCGGCACUUUGCAGAUCUCCAACCUUGGCAAGAUGAUGUCUGUGGUACAAACCAAUCCAGUGCAGACAUCGGCUGUUACAGGCCAGGCUUCCACUAACCCUCUCACACAGCUCAUACAGACCAAGGGUUCUCUCCCUGCCGGCACCAUACUGAAGCUGGUGACCUCAGCGGACGGCAAGCCCACCACCAUCAUCACCACAUCCCAGGCGGGAGGAACCGGGAACAAACCCACCAUCCUGAACAUCAGCGGCAUGUCACCCACCAUAACCAAACAGGGUACCACCAUCAUCAAGACCAUCCCUAUGUCUGCUAUUAUGACCCAGCCUGGAGCCACAGUGACCAGCAGCACAGGGAAGACGCCCUAUACCAUCAUCAGCACCAAGAUGAUGACCACUGGCACUCCAGGCAAAAUCAUCACUACCAUGCCCAAGCUUGGCACUGCAACUGGCCAGCAAGGGCUGACACAGGUGGUUUUGAAGGGAGCCCCGGGCCAACCUGGCACCAUUCUGCGCACUGUACCGAUGGGUGGAGUCAGACUCGUCACCCCGGUCACGAUGUCUUCUGUCAAGCCCAAUAUAACUACACUGGUCGUCAAGGGAACAACUGGUGUCACCACCCUGGGGACUGUCACAGGGACAGUCUCCUCCAGUCUGGCAGGGAGCAUUGUAGCCAGUGCCAAUGCCUCUCUGGCAACUCCAAUCACCACCCUUGGCACCAUCGCCACCCUGUCCAGCCAAGUUAUCAACCCCACUGCCAUCACUGUGUCAGCAGCCCAGACCAGUCUGACCACAGCUACUACCCUUUCCGCUUCCACCACGUCAGCAAACCAGCCUACCCAGGUGACUCUCAUCACCACCCCCAGCGGGGUUGAGGCCCAGCCAGUGCAGGACCUGCCUGUGUCCUUCCUGGCCUCCCCCACCUCUGAGCAGCCCUCUUCCACUGAGGUCGGGGAUGUCCCUGGCACUGUCACCAUGGUCUGCUCCAACCCCCCCUGUGAGACCCACGAAACAGGAACCACCAACACCGCAACCACAGCCUCCUCCGAUAUAGGUGGGGUGCAGAGGGUCUGCUCCAACCCCCCCUGUGAGACCCACGAGACGGGCACCACCAACACCACAACGACCGCCUCCACCAACAUGGGCGGGGCAAUGAGGGUGUGUACAAGCCCUCCAUCAGAGAACCACGAGAUGGGCACCACUAACACCUCAACCAUCACCCACUCCAUCAUGGGGUCUAACCAAAUGGGCACUGUCCAGAGUAGCUCAUCUUCUCACCCCCCAUCUCUGUCCUCUCCUCCUCAGACGACCACCUCUUCUUCCCUCGGAACAGCCACAGGCAACCAGGGACCAGAGAACCUGAGCACCGGCACCACAUUCGCCCCCACCACGGCAUGCUCCAACAUGGGCUCAGCCCAAACCGGAACUGUGCAGAGUCCCAAGCCAGCCGUGGGCUCUACGAUGUGCUUAAACCCACCCUGCGAGACACAUGAAACGGGCACAACCAACACUGCCACUCAGUCCUUGUCCAGCAUGGGUAAUGGGCAGACUGGCACUGUACAGAGGGUGUGCUCAAACCCACCCUGCGAGACUCACGAAACUGGGACCACCAGCACCCCGUCCCAGGCCAGCUCAAACAUGGCCGGGAACCAGACGGGGACGGCGCAGAGGGUGUGUUCCAACCCCCCCUGUGAAACCCACGAGACUGGCACCACCAACACGGCAACUACUGCCACAGCAGAUGGAGCAGACAGUGCCACCAGCAGUACAGAGACUCCUUCCACCACUGCAUCAGAAACAACCCCAGCCACCAUCCAGAGCAGAGCCAUCACUACUGUGACUCAGUCCACACCAGCCCCGGGGCCCUCAGUACCUUCCAUUUUGUCGAUCACUGAGGAUGCUGCGGGUUCCACAGAAGAGCCCAUGCAGACAGACGCGGCCACGGAGGGGGGAGAGACCGCUAUGGAGACUGGGCUGUCCCCAGAGCUGUCAGAGGGACAGAUGGGGACAGGUCUGUCUGCAGAGGAGCUGGCUGUGACCGCAGCGGCGGAGGCAGCGGCGCAGGCUGCAGCCACAGAGGAGGCCCAGGCCCUGGCCAUUCAGGCAGUCCUCCAGGCAGCACAGCAGGCAGUCAUGAACGAGGGUAAUUCUGGCUCGACCGGACAGCAGGCCAUCACAAUCCCCAUCGUCCUGACCCAGCAGGAGUUGGCAGCCCUGGUCCAGCAGCAGCACCAGCUCCAGGAGGCUCAGGCCCAGGCCCAGGCUCUGGCCCAGCAGCAAGGAAAUGCCCAGGCCCUACCCACUGAGGGCCUUGCCCCCGCAGACAGCCUCAACGACCCUGCGUCUGAGAGCAACGGACACCCCGAGAUGGCUGCAGCUGUCUCCAGCGCUGUGGCAUCACUGCUGCCGCGCACAUCCACUGAGACCCUGGCCCCCUCAAGCACAUUUUCUGUUGCCAGUCCAGCCAAGCUGCAAGCUGCUGUAGCAGAGGUGGCCAAUGGCAUUGAGGGUGGGAAGCUAAACCCUCAACCAGCCCCUAUCAAGACUCUUGUAAAAAAAGAGAACCAGUGGUUUGACGUUGGCAUUGUCAAGGUGACAAACAUGGUGGUUACGCACUUCAUCCCAGAGGACGAUUCUCAAGUGGAGGAUGACUCGGGUGCCAUCCCAGACCAUAACCAGAUGAAGAAAAUGGAGCUGCAGCCUGGCACAGCCUACAAGUUCCGUGUCGCUGGUAUCAACGCUUGUGGUCGUGGUUUCUUCUCAGAGAUAUCUGCUUUUAAGACCUGUUUACCAGGCUUCCCUGGAGCACCUUGUGCCAUCAAAAUCAGCAAGAGCCCAGAUGGUGCCCACCUCACCUGGGAGCCUCCCUCUGUGACAUCAGGGAAGAUAAUUGAGUACUCUGUGUACCUGGCCAUCCAGAGCACCCAGACAGCUGAGCCCAAAGCCUCCACCCCAGCCCAGCUGGCCUUCAUGCGGGUGUACUGUGGGCCCAACCCCUCCUGCUUGGUGCAGUCCUCCAGCCUCUCCAAUGCCCACAUAGACUAUACCACCAAGCCCGCCAUCAUCUUCCGCAUAGCUGCGCGCAACGAGAAGGGCUACGGCCCUGCCACACAAGUCCGAUGGCUGCAAGAGUCCAGCAAAGAUGGAGCCUCGGCAAAACUUGCCCCAAAAAGACCAGUUUCCUCGCCUGAUGCUAAGGCUGCUGGUCAAAAGAAAGCAAGAACGGACCCGUGAGAUUGCACAGAUGACACCCCCCGCUGUCCUUUUUGACCAGGAAGACUGAUCCCUCCAUCCUCAUCCUGACUUCACCCCAUUCUCAAGUUAACCUACAUCCAGCCAGCAACAUAAACAAAAUGGCAGCAGAAACCCUAGAUGGAAGUCAAUAAGAGAUAUGGUUCUGUAGGCAAGACCCUUUUUCUAUUUGUCCCACUAUUUCUAGAGCAACACAUUUUUAAAAAAAGCACGUUAUAGCUUUUACUUCAUAACUUUUUUUUAGUUUUUUCUCUCUCUAGCUACUUUUAUUAUACAUCUUUUUGGCUACUUUCAGUAGUUCAACAAUUGUAGAGAAACAUUUACAGCUUCACAAGCUGUGAGCCGGCCUGAGCUUAAUGUUCUUUUUUUGGUGGGGAGGGGGUUGUAAGUGAGACUACACGAGCUUAUGUACAGUUUGAGGAUGUGCUGAACAAGAGGCAGUGGUGGUGUUAGUUUAGAUGGGAGGAACAAUCAAAAUGGAGAAAACAAACAAAAGGGGUUAUUUUUCCCUCAAGGAGAAAUGUGCUUAAUUUAAGAAACCAAUCGAUUCUGAUAUCAUACUGGAUUCCAGUCUCCUAGUAAUCUCAUCAGUGUGCUUUUCCCCUGAGAUGAGAACUGAGGUCUGAUGCUAUAUGAAGAGGACAACGAAUCGAAUGACGAAGGAAAACAUAUGUAGUGAGACCGACUUUUCUAGGACUGAAACUUGCAGCAUACACACACAUCUUGCAAAAAUCUUCCCCAGAAAUUAGCAAGCACUGAUGCAGAAGAUAUUUGUGUAGUUUAUUUUUGUAUUUUUUUAAGCUUUUCAUUGUCACUGCAUUUUUAAAACGUCAACUCCUUUAUUUUGUUGUGUGUUUACUAUUGUUCGUCUCCAUUGUUUUCAAGUGUUGGUGGGAAGACGGGUGGCAGUGCUGAAGUAGCCACUAUAUUUUUAAAAUCCUGGUUCGAUCAGUUGUAUGUUGUAUCAGAGGGUAUGAAAAAUAAAAGACUUUUGUAUUUGUUCUGACUAGGUCCCCAGAUGUAAUAGGACUGAAGGGAAUUUGAAACAGACCCAGGGAGAGGAGUGCUUUUUACUUUGUUUACCACAUCUUUCAAUGCUUGUAUCACUGUGUGUAUGCCAAACAUGGAAAAUUAAUGAAGAAAAAUCUGAUCAGUUGUCAUACUCCUUCCCCCUUCCCGCACAUUUAUUUUAGAACGGGUAUCCUUAACUGGCGGCCCACGUUUAGCGCCCCCCCCCCCAAAAGAGUAUAUUUUUGUUGUUGGACAUAAUACUGUAAAAACAUCAGGAAAUCAGCUCCAAAUGAUUUUUAAUUUAGGAAAUCUGUUCCGAAGUAUUUCCAUGCAUAAUAGAGAUGUGAUUGUAUACACAUGUAGCAAGGUUUGAAAUGAUUGUUUUAGUCAUAUCUGGUUGGGCUUCUUUCGGUCAAUUUGCAGUCUACACAUUUUUUUGUAAUUAUAUUCCGGCCUCGCGACCAACCACUCAAGAAAAAAAUUCAGCCUGCGGCUUAAUCGAGUUGGUGAUCCUUGUGUUAGACAGAAAAAUUAUAGUGGUAGAUUUUCUUUCCUUAAACUGUUAGGAACCACCAAAUCCAAUUUACAUGUCUUUUUUAGGCUCUUAUUUGAACAACUAUAGAGGUGAGGUGUGCAAGUUAAUUGUGAAAAGUAUACCUUUAAAUUGGGAUGUUUUGGUGGGAAGGAAGAAGCAUAGCCAGAGUUUGGACUCGCUUGUAAAUUAGUUGUACCAGAGCAAGAAUAAAGUAACAUCUUGGCAUUUUUAUAUAAUUACCUGUACCAAAAUGUUUUUACAUGUUGGUCAUCUCUCACUUGCCUUUUGUGUCUAGACUUGUAAAAGAAACUCCCUGAUUCAAUUGCUAUGACUUGCAUUUAUUUAACAGAUUUGCUUGUCUGAAACGCAGCAAGGUUCAUUACCGAAACAUUUGUCUUCAGGAUAAAUCACACAGAGUUUUAUAAAGAGGGAAAUCUUGGAGUGGACAUGACUGUAUUCAGUAGUUUGUGAAAUAAAGAGUUUUCAGAAUGGAAAUGACCAGAGAACAAGUGAAGUCAGGGGAGAAUGUGUUACCUCUUGAGAUUGUAGUACUUGCAUCUUGGUUUAAUUUCUUCUCUGGGCAUCACCUUAGUCUCCAGAUUAUCCUGAUUUAUUUCUAUAAUGAAACCACUGUUUCAUAUACAUCCAUGAUUUUGUACGUGUCAGUGUCUGUUGAGCAAAGCUAUACAUGCAUGCAACCAGUGUAUUUUAGUAGUAAAAGCCUUGAGUUUGACCAUAAGCUGAAGGAUCUAAAAAAAAAUGUUUUUACAUUUAAUGAGUUUGUUCCUUUCAUGUGGUAUACAAAUGUGUCCUUUUCUUUCACAGUACCUUUACCGGGUCACUAUUUUUGCACAGUGCCGAGGUCUUUCAGAACUUUACCUCCCGCAGUGGGGCAGGUGCUGGUCUUAGCACUGACACUUGUGAGUUUCUUCCAGCUGUUUGCAGGUUAUCUGGAAUUGUCCUGUAUUUCCCGAUGUGUGUUUUUUGUACUGUAGGGAGUAAUGUAUCUUUUAACAUCAAAAUAAACAUGUUAAACAUCA